CUGAGAAAUACAGCAGGCCUAUCUUUCUUCUUUGUAUCAGUAAAACUCCUUGACUGAAGGUGGCGACAUAGUAGCAAAGGUCAGUCGGAAGCAGCAGUCGACUUCCUAAAGGAAGCGCUUCGUUUGGAGCGCGAAACUGGGCGAAACUACAUGAAGUUUAAAAACUAAAAAAUCAGAUUCGGAAUGGAACUACACAUGGAACACAGCGAGGUUGGCCCUGAACUGGGCACGGAAUUCCAGAUCAUCGAGGUAUUUUCGACGGAUAAUCAAAAUUUCGCGGCUUCACAUGGCGUAUCUGAGGUCAUCAUUGACGAAGAAUCUGGGAGUGAUGAACUCGUUGUCGACCACAACUUCGGACUUCACGCAGCAGAAGAGUCUGAUGAGUCCAGCGGCUCCGAUGCAGAAGAUUUCGAAGACAUUCCUUCUCCUGUGCAAAAACGACCACACAAAACUGGUGCUCCUCGAUCUCGUGCGCCUCCUAACGCAGUGAUGAGAAGACGACGGACAGAGGAGCCACACUUGUGCAUCGUGUGCGGGAAAGUGUGCAUGUCCAUCUCCGGCCUCAAGGUGCACCAGAAAGUGCACAUGAGGGACUCCUCCAUGGACUGCAACCUGUGCAACAUGACCUUCCCGUCGCGGGCCGCCCAGAGCGCCCACAUGAUGAUCCACAACCCGGAGAAGACCCACGAGUGCCCCUGCUGUCCCCUCCGCUUCGCCUCCGACCGCGCCCUGCAGAGCCACUACCGCGUUCGGCACAAGGGCAGCGAAACGGCCAUCGUCCCCAAGCUGAAGGUGGCGAUUCCCAGGUCCGGCUCCCCUCCGCUGGUGCUGCCCGCGCCGUCUCAACCGCCGUCGUCAUACAUGCACUCGCCGGCGCGCCACCACAAGUCGUCCACGUCGUCGAAGAAGUCGAAAUCGAAAAGCAAAAAGAAGCCCGAGCAUCACGUGGCAGGAGGAGUCACCAAGGGAAAACACAAACAGAAGCGCCAAUCUGUCAACAAGAAGGCGUCCAAGAUGAAGCGAAAGGCGUUCUUGCAGGCUACCCCCAUGGAGCAGUCUAUGUUUAUCCAGCAGGUCAUCCAGGAGAGCAAAGGGGGACCCGUCCCGGCGGCGGCUGGCCCGUCUUGCAGUUCCAGCAGCAGCCAGAGCAGGGGCCAGAUUUACCGUUGCCACCUCUGCAAGAAGGGCUUCCGCGAGCUGCACUUCCUGGAGCGCCACAUCAGCAUCCACAUGAUGGCGCGGCUGCACCGGUGCCCGCUCUGCGGAGAGACCUUCGACUCGGCACGCGCCGUCAACGCGCACGCCACCGAGGCGCACGACAGCGGCACCUACACCUGCAGCGUGUGCGGCAAGAACCUGCACAAGCUGGGCUCACUCCUCAACCACCAGCUGGCCCAUGAGAGGAAGGGCGAGCAGGGAGGCGGCUUCAUCUUCGCCAAGUGACUUGACACACCGGUGACUGGACAGCAGUGAGAGUGGGCACCACCACCAAGGGUUCCACUCCGCUCAAAGACAAGGGAUCAUCUGUUCAAGUAUUCAGUUGAUCGGAUUUGAAGCUUUUUCAAUUGCACACAUUUUGCAACUGGUGGGUUAAAAAAAAACAAAAACAAAAAAACAAAAAACGGAUUACUCUGUUGGAAUUGCUCAUCAGAGAAGUCCAUUUGAUAUCAGGGAAGGACAUGGUAUGGAGUGGGCACUUCUGAUUGGCAAGUCCAAACAGGACAUUUUUGAGUUUUUGGUUGCAGAAUGGACUGUUAAAACGCUUCCAGUCUGUUGAACUGACCAGCUGCAGCUCAGGUGUCUUCACCUGGAGAUGUGAACCCAGACAUGUUUGGUAUACAACUCUUCUAGGGCCAUUCAAAGGUGCUGAAUUGAUCAAAUUAUUAUUUUUUGUACAUGAUUUAAAAAGGCAAGUUAGUGAGGAGAUUCUGGCCUGGUGGCGGGGGCUUUGUUGGUGUUUUCCAUUCUGAGGCAUUAUGGGACAGUUUUGUCCUCAGAUUUUAUUUUGCCAUCUUUGAAUACCCCUUAUACAGUUGUAUACUGAAAAGGAACACUAUUUGCCUUCAGGUCUUUUUUACUAUGUGCAGGACAGGUGUGCACCCAGAGGUGUUUGCAUGAAUGGCCAGAAGGCAGGGGACUUCAUCCUGGCCAGGUGAGCUCAGCCGUAGCAGGCCAAGCGUGUCUGACCAGGCCUCUUCACCUGGAGGAACUUGGAGAUGUGGACCUAGAGAUGUGCAGAUAACCAUGGGAACCAAUUCCUGUCAUUUCUCACUUUAGAUGACUUUGUAAUGCACAAAUGCAUGAUUUUCAGACAUCCUCCCAAAACUUAAGUAUGUCAAUCAGGUAAUACGCAAGCAGGAAUGCUCAAAUUGUAAAGCUUUUUUUUGUUUUUGUCUUAAUGUUUUGAAAAGUUGUCUGCCAAUCUUGUUUUAUAAGAGUAGCGUUUAGCCAGGCAAAGCAUCUUUUGGAGGUCAUUGUGAUGACGGGGAACCAGUUGUUCUUAAAUGGAAGAUCGGGUUUCUUAUGUUUCUAUUGGAAGAUUACCGUAUGUUUUAUGAUGAAUAUAUUAGUUUCAACAUAUUUAGCAUGAUAUGAGGCUUAGAUUAACAUGAUGGAGCAGUGGUGUGAGGGCAAAAUUGAACAACAACAACCAAACUGAUAAAGCUAUAUUUGACCCUGAAGAGAUGGUAUUCAGUGCUCAGCCUUGAGUUUUCUGUAACAACUAUUUCCCGACAGACACUAAAGAAUGAAGAUCUCAUGUUGACCUUAUUUUUAAUCCUCAUGCCCUUUUAUUUUCUCCAUGAUUUUUGAGGUUAUUUUGACAGCAUGCAUUUGCAAUACAAAAACUACAAUACAAAUAAAAGGAGAGAUGAGUUUG